UUCCUCACAUAUAACCGCUAUCAGCGUAUAUUUCUUGGUCAACGUGCCAAUUCUCUCGUCCCUUGAGAUUAAGUCGAUUCAUCAAACCUGUUACUCCCACACGUUUGAGUCACAUGACCUCCGACCUGCAUCGUAACAACCACUUCAACACCGCUAACAUGGCCGGAGGGAGCGCAAUAAUGCACCUCAUUGAGAUCCUCGGGGUCUUCGUCUGCGCGCACCAUUUCUGGCCCAAAGGCAUCACCUACGGUGAGAAAGAAGACUGGGAGAAACGGUACCGGCACAAGCACGGGCACUCAUCGCGGUCGCGCGGCCGUCGGAGCGAUAGCAGCCAUACCUCGAAGAGUAAUUACCAGAGAAGAAAAGAAUACAAAAAUCUGGACACGUACGACUAUGACGCUGACACUCGGCCGCUGUAUUCGCGGCGGGCGAGCUCAAGGAACUACGACUACGAUGAACCUGCGAUGUAUUCGAGACAGGUGAACACACGGUAUUAGGGAUCCGGGCGUGAUGCUCGCGCGAAGCAGGGAGCGCUAUUCCUUUUCUAAGAAGCUGGUUGAAUGGAUCUGACCUUGGUGUUUUGCUCAUGGUG